CUCUCCCGCGCUGCAGUCGGUGGCUCUGGCCGGAAUCAGAACCGGAAUCGGAAUCGGUAUCGGAAUCGCAAUCCGAAUCGGAAUCGGAAUCGGAAUCUUGCCCGGAUUGCAAAGCGGACUGGGAGUGAGAGAGUGUAUUUUUAGUGCUUGCGUGCGAAAUUUUGUUGGUGUCAAAGUUAAACAAUUUACGUGAGAUUGCAAGGACAGGCCAAGAAGAAGCAGCAGUACAAAAAAGGAUAAGUGCAACAGCAAGCAUAAGAAGUAAGCCAGGCAACUGCAACAGCAACAUUUGCUGCAAGUGCAGCCCCCACAGCCGUCGCCGCCGCCAAGUUCAAAAUCAACGCCUGACAAUGACAAAGGCAGCAGCAGAAGCAGCAACAGCAACAGCAACAACAGCAGCAACACCAAUCAAAACAGCAGCAGCAGAAGCUGAAGCAGCAGCAGCAACCAAAGCAAUAACAAUCAAUGGGCCCCAAACGACAUGGCGACGUCAACGAGGCUGCACAACAGCAACAACAGCUGAAACACGAAACAUGCAGCAGCAAAAGCAAAUGCAACAGCAACAAUCGUACUUGCAACGCCUAAAGGCGGCCAGUCGACUGGGGGCGUGGCCGCCACCAAUGACGUCGCUGUGGCUGCCAACUGACUAUCUCGCCCAGCUGAUUUUGGCCCUAUGCCUGCUGGGCUGCCUCAGCCCCUUUACAGCUGCACUCGAGGAGGACUGUGUUGACUUUCAGGGCAACAAGGUGAACCACGGAAUGCUCUAUGUGCCUGGACCAGGAGUCUGUAGCCUCUGCGUCUGCUAUCACUCCGAACCACUCUGGUGCAAGGCCAUCUACUGUGAUCCGCCCUACUUUUGCAAAAACUUUCGAGUUGGCGAGCGUUGCUGUGAGUUCGAGUGCUUGGAUCCGCCCGGCGAGGACAAACUGUACCAGGAACGCAUGCGAAAGAGGGCCGAGAUACUGGCCGGGAACAGUACAGCCUCGAAUGUGCAGCUCGCCCCGAUUGCCAUGUCCACCAUAAUGCUUGGAUUCCUGGGCAACAGCUUCCUGAACUUAUAACUUGAAGUCAAAUAGCAAGAGAUGGAGAUCAAUGCAAGACGAAGCUAAAUCACAACAUCCUCAUUUUUUGUUGCUCCUAAAGCGUAGGACACUCUAUACCCAAAAAUUAUUACAGUGUAAUAAGCAAAGCUAAAGAAACCAGGCCAUGUAUCUGUGGCAAUAUGUCUGAGCCACAAUUGAAUGGAUGCAAAGAUGCAAAGAUGCAUAGAUGCAUCGAUGCGUAGGUUUUCACUUAUAUCCCCAGACUUAUAAUAGGUACAAUAAUAAUUUCAAUGGACGUGGAACAGGAACAGCUAGGGCAUGGAAAGUCGCCCCAAUUGCAGAACAUUUUCGAGUACUUUCAAUGUGAUCCGAAUCCGAAUCCGAAUCCAAAUCGAAUCGGUAGAGCCAGCAGAUAUAGCAUAUAUACAUUUACAUCUACCUAAGUAUAAAUGAGUAAGCAACACCAAGAAACCAGAACAAACUCAUCAAGCGAACGUAUAAGACAGUCUCUAGCUCCUAAGACUCUAUAGUAAAAGAAAUAUAUAUAUAUAAUAUAUAUACAAAGAUAUAUGGACACCUAUGUAAGCGUAUUGUAUAUAAGAGUAUAUAGCUCUAUGUACCGGAUCAAAAAUUGUUGAUUAGUGUUUAGCUAACUGAAUGAGGGCAACUUCUUCUAGGAAGAUAGGUUUUUUUUAAAUCCAAUAAAAAUGUUCACCAUAAGUCGCCGUAGGACACUAUACACCACAGUUCACCACAUUAGUUACGGCUCCUAGAAUAAAUAUUUUUUGGAGCUGUCAGAGCAAUAUUUUUUAUGCUAGUUUCUACAUAAAAAAGGAAUGCAAAAUUAUAUAAAAGCUAGAAGGGAAUCGUUAGAAACGAUAGCAACAUUUGCAUUAUUGAAAUGCGUAAGCUUGGCAGCUCUAGUUUCUUUCUAAUCACCAAACACGUUAAAUACUUAUAUAAAUGGCGGUAAGGACAGACCGACGAAGAAUCUCGAUCUUAGUAAAGGGUAGUAAAUUACACAUACAUAUCUUGGCAACAUUUUUUCCCAAAAUAUUAUAACAGACACGGUCACGAAUGAAUCAUUAACUCUUGCAUUGGUGCUAAUUUUAUCGUAGGCUAAAAUAAAAUUAAAAUCACACACACUCCCCACACCGCACAUCACACUCCUCCUCCAAUCAUAUUGAAUCAAAUUCUAUAUAUCAAUUUAGGUAAUGUAAUCGAAAGCAAAACAAAGAGUAGUUAACCAAUUAAAAGUAAUUGACAUUAUGUUUCAUGUAAGACAUUUGCCUAAGGUAAAUCCGUUAACGAUAUAAUAACAAAUACUAAUAACAGUAACUAAUGAAAACCAACCAAACCAGGUUCUAAUUUUCCCAUUUGGAUAAAUCAAGCGUAAAAUCAGCGGAAAACAAAAAAUGAAUUCGGCAAAGCUUAGUAGACAUGUAGGAAAAUCCCUUCAAGAAGAAUAGAUCUCGUUUCAACUUUAGGCUAAUGACUCUGAAGCCAUCUCCGUCUCUUUCUAUAUACAUAUAUAAAAAAUCUAUGAAUGUAGCAAAUAAAUCUAGAGAUAUAGCAGGACCAGCAGGAAAAACAUGUAAUUGUAAUGGAGUCGAUGAAAAUCAAUAUAUGUCUCUGGGUUUCGCAAUCCAGAGAGAAGAAGUUGGUCAAAUUUUUUUCCACUUGACAGCACAUCAAAGCAAAUUAAAUUUAACAAUAAAUAUAUAAAAUACGGGAUAUCCGAGAAAAACGUGGAGUACGGCUGUGAAAUUAUGUUUGCUUUAAAAUGCAUAAACGCAACUGUAAAUAUUAAAUGAUCACUAAAGUAUAUAGGCCAUAAUAUGGUAAAAACUAUUCAGAUCAAAUAGAGAUGGAAAUUCGAGAAAAGUGAAAUGAAGCUCAGCGAGACAGGAAAUUCGAUGGAAGAAAGAAUAACUAAUUAACUGAAUGUACAAUUCAAUAUGCCACAACAUCUGACCAAUUAUGAUCCAUAACAGAUAAUAUAUAUAUAUACAAACAGAUAUGUAUACAUACAUCAAUCCAAGUAUCUGAUAAGAAUAAUGACAAAUUUUAAUUAAGCCAGAUCGGAAAAGAAGCAGAUGAUGACAAUGAAAAUGAGAAUGACAUUGAGAAUGGCAGAUUCGAAGCGCGCUUAACAAAUUUUUAACAUAGACUCAACUAACAAAUGCAAAUUGGCUUUAAUUAACAACUAAUAACAAACAAAAAUCACACGAAUAAUGAUUAUAACCCAGAGUUGAUAUUGAAAAAAGUAUUUGUGUUGUUUUCGAUCGAUUUUAGUUCUAGAUAGCAGUGUUGUGAAACAACCGAAAAACUUUUUCCUAAGCUUAAGCGCUUUGCCAUUUGCAGGAACCCAAAGAUCCUCGAGAAAAUGUUUUUUAUAACCGAUGAAGUGGGCUACAGGCAGGAUAUAAAGCUCACUGGAUUCCGAUAUCUGGAAUACAAAUCGAAAUGAAAGUUUUUAAAAUAUUCCUUCAGUUUAAUACGAUCUAUGCAUAAAUUCCUAAAACAAAUAAUAACUAAACCGUUUCAACACUCGCAAAUUGAAAGGGCGAGACACAGAGCGAAAAAGAUAGAGAUAGCAUAAGUAAUUUAUGCUUUGGGCUAUAUAUCCUGCCUUCCAGACUGGAAAUUAUUAAUCUUUAUUACUGAUAUUAAUUAUUGUAGAGCAGGAAAUAUUUUACAAUUCUUAAACCUUACCAAACCAAAUCCAAAAACGCAAACAAAACUAUUAAACUUGAACAUUUUUAAUGUAAUCGAAAACAAAGUUAUAACAAGAAUGUCUAAUGCGAAAACUUCAAGCAAAUACAAAAACUUAUUAAUUAAAAUAAAAACAAAGCAACAAAUGUCAUAAAAUGUUAACCGAUAAUUUCGCAAAAGAGGCAAAUCCAAAAUCAUGUACGCAUACCGUAAUAUAAUAAUAAUAUUAAUUCUAAUACCAGGAAAAUUUUAACAAAAAUAUACAAAUAUUUUCACAAUAGCUUAAAA